AUUUGCACUGUGCAAUUUAGGUACAAGGUAUACCUGAGAUGCAGGUUCAGCCAAGCUCCAGGGUCACGUGUUUGCGCGUCGGCGCUAGCGGACGACGAGCACUUUCCGCGUCGGGCCCCUAAGCUCUGCAUCUUCAAUCACGCCAAUUGUUCCAUCAACUCAAGCCAAUCGACACAAUGGAAACAAAGAAAUGCUACAUGUAUGCGCCUCCAGAGCACGAGUCACGACCUUCGAAGCGUCAGCGAACGUCUGAAUCAGACCCUCAUGCAGGCCUCUCAGAGCGACUGAAGAUAUAUAGCAAGACUUGGGCUGAGCAAGAGAAGAAUAUACAGAGAACACUAGAGGAAGCGGAUAGAGCGACGCAAGGUAAAAUCAUCGACUUCGUAGCGGCUAAUGCACCGUCGGAAGAUGCACCGCGGAUAUCUAUCCCAACCGGGCUCAUUGUCGCUGGACCCAGCAUUGCUUCCCAUGGGCCCUAUUUCGAACGACUGGGACGAAGAAUCAGAGAUGAGACGAAUAGCUCCUAUGUUGUUUUGACGUCCGGAGAAAGCCCGAAUCUCAAAACCUUGCUGAAAAUUUUAAUAAAAAAGGUCACGUCACGAAUCGAAGAGGAUGAUGAUGAUGAAGACGAGAUCGGCCGAUUCGCGACUUCAUCAAGGCGAGGCCCGAAGCUCCUCAACUUCGAUCUUGGCCAUAUCCAGGAAUGGACCUCGAGAAACAUGGUGCAGAGCAUCGUUGUAGCGAUCCAAGACAGCGAGGCCUUUGAUACAGCAGUACUGAUCGAGAUGGUCGAUCUAUUCUAUUCCUGGCUUGAUCGUCUGCCUUUUGUUUUACUUUUCGGUAUUGCUACAUCAAGCGAAAGCUUUGAGGAACGGCUAUUGGGGAAGUCUUUGCGCUACCUCGAUGGCCAACAGUUCGACGUCACUCAAUCAGAUGAUAUAAUUGAGAAGUUAUUCCGCGCGACUGUUGCCCACCCUGACACUGAACCUCAUAUCGGCCCCAACCUGUGUCGACGCAUCCUCGAAAGGCAGAAGGACCAUGUGCAGAACAUACAAGACUUUGUUCAUGGUCUCAAAUAUGCGUACAUGUCACAUUUCUACGCCAAUCCUACGACCAUCUUCUUGAAAAACGAUCCCAAGUUUAAAGACUUUUCGUCCGACGCAUUCGAGGCAAUCCGGAACCUACCAUCAUUCAGGAGAUACGUUGAGGAGAAGCUCGAAGUCGGCGACACGCGAAGCGUGCGGCAGCUGUUAUGCUCCGAUAAUUUUUUGUUUGAAGUCAUUAAAGAGCUCAUCGUCACCGUACAGGAUGCCCUGUCUUCACUCAGCAUCGCCGCAAUAGUCUUGACACGGAUACGCGAGUCGCUAGGAAUCACACCAAAAGUCCGCCUUUCCAAUGUCUGGUCCCGAGCAGCCUCUGGUGAGCUGCUAGAUUCCCCACUCCUUCGCGAGACGAUGCUCUCCAUCAAAAAGACUCCGUCCGAUAGGCUAGCGCGCCUUAUCGAUUCAUUGAUAGGUCUUACCACAGAAGACGUUGGCCGACAUGCCAAAGAAAUCGAUAUUCCCAUUGACCUGGAACAACUGCAGCGCGAGCUGAAGACGCUUAUUGAAGGUAAUGCAAGCUCAGAGCCGCUGAGAAGUCAAGAUGAUGUACGUAAUGAGAGCGUGAGAACGACCGUAGUAGCCCAGAAAGUCCUCCUCAGCAAGCAUAAAGCUGCCCUAUCUGAGCAGGAUAAGGCCUACUCGGGGAUCGUAGCGAGAUUCUGCCAACAACUGGAGUCGUACUUCCGCUUCGCUCUUAUUGACACGAGAACGCUCUUCCUCUACGAAGUCCUCGUCUACGAUCUAAAGUCUCCGCAUACCGAGGUCUUCCAGCCCAGGCCCCGCUUGGCCAUUGAGCGCGCCCUUGCCACACCGCACGACUAUCUAGGCUGCGAAUGCUGCGGCAACAUGCAAGACGCUGAAAAUACUCUUGCGGGCACGCAACCUGCGACUGCUAUCGUUUACCAGUUGUAUCUGGAAUCCGGGGCUAUAAUCAACGCUACCGAUUUGUGGUCUGCUUUCCAUGCAAUUGUCGGCAAGGACGACGAAGACGACCAGUCGCAAACCAUGGCACUCUUUCAACGCGCCCUCGCCGAGCUCAAGUUUCUCGGCCUCAUCAGACCAAGCAGAAAGAAGGCCGAUCACAUUGCGAAGAUGCUGUGGAAGGGUCUAUGA